GGAAAUAUUAGUUUUUAUAUCAAAGAAAAUGACUAAAAAACUAAAAAUAUAUUAUUUUCUACUCUUCUAAUCCAAACUUGUUCUUUCUCAACAACUUCAGAUAAGCUAUUUUAAUUGUCAAACUGCUAAAACACAUUACAAAGUCUAUGGUUAUAAUUGACUAUCGAUAUAUAUGUCCAUAUCAUCCAAACUCUUUCACUGGUUCUUGCUGCGUAAUUGAGUGGGCGUCCAUUUUCAUUUUAAUUUUAUGAAAUUUAAAAUUACUCAAACUGGAUAAAAAAAUUUGCCAGAUUUCCUCAAAUGUCUAGUAAUUGCCUAGCUGAUCGAUGUUAUCAGAUGAUCAUCGAUAUUUAAUAUUUACAAAAAGUUUGACAAACCCAUCUUGGGAAGCUACCAAAUUAACCUAAAAAACUUUUGGAAGUUGAUUUAUUUGAUGGUGACAAAUGUGAACCAGGAGUAUUCAUCACUUCAUGGUAAGGUCGGGCAAUUGCUAUAACUUUUCUGGCAGGUUAAGAGGAAAUUUUCCUGGUAAUUAAAUACGAAAGACCAAGUAGGAAUGACAAGGAAAUUCGACUUUGUAAUUUGUGGAUACUCGGACACUCUUACUGCUCAAGUAAAGAACUCAUUUGACAUGUUAUUGCCCAGCAACCAUCAGCAGUGACAUGAGGUGACAGAGAUAGGAAAGUGCAAUGUGGAUAACAAAAUUAUAUAAGGGUGCCAUUCGGGCCUUGUUCAAAGCCCCUUGAAUUGAAAAGCUUUCUCUUUACAACAAAAUUGGAGUUUCAAGUCAGCCCCAAGAAAGUAAAAGAGAAAAAGGUGAAGAAGAGUGCAAUGAGUUUAGUACUCUAGUGGAGAGAAAUGGCAGAGAUUGCAGUGAACUUGGUACUGGAGAAGCUUGCAGCUUUCUUUGAAAAGGAGAUGCAGAUGCUGAGAGGGGGUCGGGAAGAUGUUGCAUAUGUAAGGGGAGAAAUGGAGCGCAUUAAGGCCUUUUUGAGGAUGGCAGAUGCAUUGGAGGAUACGGAUGAUGAGGUGAAGAUAUGGGUUAAGCAAUUAAGAGAUGUGGCUCAUGACAUGGAGGACAUUCUCGACGAAUACAUGCUUCUCCUUACACAUAAUCAUGGAGAGGGUCUCUCUGGUUUUCUUCACAAGAUGUCUUGCUGUGUUAGGAACAUGAAAGCUCGUUAUCGAAUUGCUUCAGACAUAAAAGGCAUCAACUCGAGAAUAAGAGACAUUUGCAAAGGACACCGUCGACUUCGUCAGAAAUUCUGUUCCGAUGAAGGGUCAAGCUCCAAUGGUGUAGGAAACACAUGGCAGGACCGCCGAGGGGAUGCCCUUCUUUUGGAUAAAAUUGAUGUAGUUGGCAUUGAUGAGAGCAAAAAGAAGCUUAUCGGAUGGCUGGUGGAUGGUGGCACAGAUCGAAAGGUCAUUUCACUAACAGGGAUGGGAGGGUUGGGGAAAACGACCUUGGCAAAGCAAAUCUAUGAUGAUGCAGAAGUGAAGAAACAUUUCCCCAUACAUGCUUGGAUCACGGUUUCCCAAUCUUUCAAGUUGGAGUGUCUCCUUAAAGACAUGGUUCAACAACUCUCCAGAGUAAUUAGUAAACCAGUCCCUGAAGGAGUGGAUAGUAUGAGCAGCUGUCAGCUCAAAACCUUAAUUAAAAACUGGCUGCGGAAGAGAAGGUACCUAAUUAUUUUGGAUGAUGUAUGGCGCAUUAACGAGUGGGAUGCUAUCAAAUUUGCCUUGCCUUCUAAUAAUUGUGGCAGUCGAGUGAUGCUUACCACACGAAAUGCUGACUUAGCCUUAUCCUGCCGCAUAGAAUCUGAAGGUGAAGUGUACAAUUUGAAGCCUUUGCCUCCUAAAGAGUCCUGGACGUUAUUUUGUAGGAAAACUUUCGGUGGAAACUAUUGCCCUCCCCAUUUAGAGGAAAUUUGCAAGCAAAUCUUGAAGAAGUGUGAGGGACUGCCUCUUGCAAUUGUUGCAAUCAGUGGUGUUUUGGCUGCAAAAAACAAGCAAAGAAUAGAUGAAUGGGAAAUGGUUGGUCGUUGUCUUGGUGCUGAAAUUGAUGGCAAUGAUAAGCUUAUGAAUUUGAAGAAAGUACUGUCGCUCAGUUUCAAUGAUUUGCCAUACUAUCUAAAAUCAUGUUUCUUGUACUUGAGCAUCUUUCCGGAGGAUCGUCCGAUUGACCUUACGAAACUGAUACGGCUGUGGACAGCAGAGGGGUUUGUUGAAGUGAAACAAGGAAAGACACAAGAAGAAGUAGCAGAGGGUUUCUUUAAUGAGCUCCUAAACAGAAGCUUGAUCCAAGUAGCAGGGACAACCAGUGAUGGUAGGGUCAAGUCAUGCCGCAUUCAUGACCUUCUGCGAGAGAUCAUCAUAUUGAAGUCUAGAGAACAGAACUUUGCUGUCAUAGCAAAAGAACAAAAUGCAAUGUGGCCCGACAAAGUUCGACGCCUGUCAAUUCACAAUACACUGCAAAAUCUACCACAAAACAGGUUUGUUUCUCAACUGCGUUCUCUCUUCAUGUUUGGGGUAGAAGACAAUCCAUGCUUGCAUAAAUUGUUUCCUGGAGGCUUUAGGCUACUUGCAGUGCUUGAUUUGCAAGCUGCACCUCUAACAAAGUUUCCAAUUGAUGUUGUCAACAUGUAUUAUUUAAAGUAUUUGAGCUUAAGGGGAACCAAGGUGACAGUUGUUCCAAGGUUUAUAGGGAAGCUUCAGAGCCUUGAAACCUUAGAUCUUAAACAUUCCGACGUUACGGAAUUGCCAGUUGAGGUCCUACAGCUCCAACGCCUUCGCCAUCUUCUAGUCUACCGGUACGAGUUUGAGUCUUAUGAUUACUUCCACUCAAAAUAUGGGUUUAAAGCUCUAGAGAAAAUAGGAGACUUGCAAUCCCUUCAAAAGCUGUGUUUUGUAGAGGUAGACCUAGAAAAUGGCAUAUUGGUAGAGUUGGGGAGACUCGCUCAGUUGAGGAGACUAGGCAUUACAAAGUUGAGGAGGGAAGAUGGGAAGAAAUUGUGCUUGUCUAUCGAAAAGCUGACGCAUCUUCGUGCUUUAUCUGUUAUAUCAAUAGAAGAAGAUGAGAUCAUCGAUAUUCAACACCUUAUUUCUCCUCCUCCAUUGCUUCAGCGGCUGUACUUGAGAGGCAGAUUGGAGACCAUGCCACAUUGGAUCCGUUAUCUUCAUAGCCUGGAGAAAUUAUACCUAAAAUGGAGCGGCUUAAUGGAAGAUCCAUUCGCAUCUCUUCAAAAUCUUCCGAAUCUUGUUCAUCUUGAAUUAGUACAGGUUUAUGAAGGAGACACACUCUGCUUCAAGGCUGGAGGAUUUAAAAAGCUGAAGCGUCUCGGUCUUGAUAACUUUGACGAACUCAAAUGGGUGCAGAUCCAGGAGGGGGCAAUGCCUUGUCUAGAAAAGCUAAGCAUUCAGCGAUGUAAAUCCAUGGAGAAGGUACCCCUGGGUAUUGAACAUAUGACAAAGCUGAAUGUGCUUGAAUUUUUUGACAUGCCUCAUGAAUUAAUCAGGUCCCUUCGCCAGGAUGAACACGGUGAAGAUUACUGGAGAGUUGCUCACAUCCCUGAGGUAUACUCUACUUACUGGAGGGAUGGAGCUUGGGAGGUCUAUUCCCUGGAGAGUUUUAUUGAAGGAGAGAGCUCUCCUUGCCCCAACACUGUCAUAAGUAGCCAGGAUCUUCAGGCACGUUGGAAAUGAAACCUCUCUUUGCACCAUUGAUUUUGUAUAUAGUUAGCACUAAAUUAAAUGUUCAUUGUAUAUUAUUGCAUUUGUGAAUCAUUGUAAAAAUAGUCACUUUUAGCUCUAACUUGCAUAAAUAUGUGUAAAGAAAUGAAUAUAGCUGUAAAAGUACUUUCUUUGUGAAAAAAAUAAAACAAAGAAAAAGACACUGUAAGGAUGUGACUGUAUGUAAUAGCAAGUCAGUUUUAACUUCGAGCCUUUGAUGCAUGGUUCUUCUUAGUCUUAAGCUUUUUGCUUUGGUGGGUGAAUGUGUGUUUGUCUCUUUUUU